GGGGCUUGGUCAUGUGAGCGAAGGCGAGGGGACAGCGCGCGCCUCUCAGAGCCAGCUCCACACUACCGUCUGUCUACAACACUGCCAUCAGGCAAGCACGCUACGAGAGUGCGUGUGUCGUGCAUGCUUGCUUGUGUUUGUGUUUGAGACUUGUGUGUAGGUGAAACAACAAGGCGGACGGUUUCUUCCGAAAGGGUUUCUGCAGUGACGCAGGACUCCAAAAGUCGUUUCCACCACUACCGUGCGUUUGGAAUCGAUUCAUUUGCUUGGCGGAAAGUAGUACAAGGAAAUAUGUAACUCUUGGCAUUGGAGUACAUUCAAAGAAUCGGGCGAGGCAUUGGGAAAGAAUACUACUACACUCCAGUCCAUAAGGAACACAACACCAGCGUCCAUUCUAGUGAAGGAAGAUAAGCAGAGGAGCACGGCAGGAUCCCCCAGUCCAGGUGCUUCAUCUCUGGCAUGCACCACUUACCCGCUCCCCCUGCUUCCCCCAGGCCUCCAGGAGACAACCACUAUCUGUGAGAGAGCGAGAGGCGGGCCCUCUGAGCCGUUGUCAUGGCGCUGGUCCAGGCUCCGCCCCACACCGCCGCCCCCUCGGCCACCGCGCCCACUGAGCGACGCCCGCCGGCCUUCCCCCCGCCGUCUCCCCCGACGACCGCCAUGGGUUCCGUCAGCAGCCUGAUCGCCAGCCGCACGGCGUUCCCGUCGCGACCUGAGGAGGCCGGCAUGGGAGCCAGACUCCGCCGCGCCGCCGCCCCAGGAGCGGCACGCUACCACCCUCAGGACAUUACCCAUGAACCUUUGCUGGGUGUUGUCAGCGCAACGCCUGGAAAACGACAGCCACUGGUGGCCUCGGGACAGACACACUCGCAUACUACACACACGCACGCUCACACACACACGCACGCGCACGGGCACACACACCGGCAUCGGACUUACCUGAGCGACGAUUUCACGGGAGAGGACUGGGAGGAGAGGCAUGCCCCGGCUCCGCCCAGUCCAGGAAGUGACAUCACGGAGGAAGUGAUGUCAGGGGGCGGGAGGCAAGCCAGGAGCGGGAGCGAUGGCGGUGCGCCACCCAGACUUGUACCUGUGUCGGGGAAACUGGAAAGGAACAUUGAGAAGGCCAUCAUCAGACCCACUGCCUUCAAGCCUGUCGUGCCCAAAAGCCGCAGUGCCAACAUGCAGUACCUCUCCCCGCGACUAGGUGGCGCUCUCUCCAGCAGCCAGGGAAACCUGAACCUGCUUGCCCCGGGCCCGAGCGAGCUGGCGCCCUCUUCGGGUUGCACGGAGCGGCGCAGCUCGUACAGCGGCAGCCGUAACGCCCUGAUGACCCAGUCGUGUUCUUUCUCGCUGACGGAUUCGGGACGCAACUCGCUGUCCAGCCUGCCCACUCACAACAGUGGAGGAGGAGGAGGAGGUCAGUACAGCCCGGGCCAGAGUGACGUGUCGGGGCCCCCCAUGUCGGACCCCAUCAAGCUGACCACCAUGACGUCUUCCAUCGCCUCCAUCAUCCCGUCGGUGCCCCCGCCUCCCCCCGCCCCCAUCAGCCACAGCCACGGCCACACCAGCUCAGACAGCGGCAGGUCCUCCUCCAGCAAGAGCACGGGCUCCCUCACGGGGAUGGGGAUACGAGGAGGAGGCAUAGGAGGAGCAGGAGGAGGAGGUGGAGGAGGAGGUGGAGGUGGCGGUCCCCUGUCGGACUGCGGCUCCUGUGGCAGGUCCCCGUCGCAGGCGGAGGCGUACGAGCAGCUGAUCCGAGACCUGGAGGAGAAGCUGCGGGAGAGGGACCUGGAGCUGCACGAGCUGCGGGACAACCUGGACGAGAACGAGGUCGCCAUAUGCCAGGUUUAUGAGGAGAAACAGAAGCGCUGCGAGUUGGAAAUGGAGGAGCUGCGACAGAGCUGUGCGUCGCGUAUGCAGCAGGCCUCCCAGAAGGCCCAGCGCUCGCAGCAGCUGCUGCAGCUCCAGGUGUUCCAGCUCCAGCAGGAGAAGAAGAAGCUCCAGGAGGACUUUGGCCACCUCCUGCAGGAGCGGGAGCAGCUGGAGGAGAGAUGCGCCUCCUACGAGAGGGAGAAGACGCAGCUGGGACCACGCCUGGAGGAGACCAAAUGGGAGGUGUGCCAGAAGUCAGGUGAGAUCUCGCUGCUGAAGCAGCAGCUGAAGGACCUGCAGGCGGAGCUGGCCCAGCGGGUGGGGGAGGUCAUGACACUACGGGGACAGCUGAGGGAGGCGCGCGGGGAGAGGGAGGCCGGACAGGUCGCAAUACAGGAGGCGCAUGCGGAGGCGCGGUCGCGUCAGAUGGAGCUGGAGGUGUGUGAGAACGAGCUGCAGAGGAGGAAGAGCGAGGCGGAGCUGCUCAGGCAGAAGCUGACCCGACUGGAGGAGGAGCUGGCGGCACUCAAGGAGGCCCAGCAGGAGGCGGAGGAGGAGGCGCGACGAACAGGAGCAGCGGCCGGAGGUGCAGUGGGCGGGGCAACGGGAGAGGCGUGGCAACAGCAGACGGAAUGUCUGAAGGUGGAGCUAGCUACGGAACGCAAGCGACAAUCAGAACAGGCGUCUGCGUUUGAGGGCGAGCGUCGCGGCUGGGAGGAGGAGAAGGAGAAGGUGAUCCGCUACCAGAAGCAACUGCAGCAGAACUAUGUGCAGAUGUACCGCCGCAACCGGCAGCUAGAGGGCGCCCUGCGCGACCUGCACAUGGAGCUGGAGGCCAGGGACAUGGACGACGACGAGGAUCACAGCGGCAACGAGAUCAACUUCGACGACGUCACCGCCACCGAGAUAUGACCUCAUGUCACAAUAGCGUCGCGGCCGGCUUCCGAGAUAUGACGUCACAGAGACGUGGGACGACGUCGAGGAGCACAGCGGCAACGAGAUCAUCUUUGGCGCUGUCACCACCACCACCAAGAUAUGACGUCACCAUGACGUCAUGUCCACCAAGAUAUGACAUCACAGUUGCGUCAUCACCACCCAGACAUGACAUCACGUUGACACCAUAGCCAUCAAGACAUAUGAUGUCACGAUGGCAUCACGGUCAGUCGCUGAGAUCUUAGCUGAUCUGAGCAGAGUGGGUCUAUGGGUGGAAGUCAAACUUGUUCCUCUGAUCCUUUGCUGUUGCUUAUGAUGUCUUGCCUUUGUGACACCCUGUCUCCAUGGAGAAAAGAAUCGUUUCCCCCACUGUCAACCGAGACAGAGCAACGUUUGGAGCAACCUUUGAAUUGUGAUUUUGUGAGAUUAUCUGAAUUAUCAAAAAUGAAGGCCAUUUUGCAAAAUCUCACAUUUGAAAUAGGUAUAGAACGCCGUUCAUGUCAGGAACCACUGUCAGCACUGAGAGAUGAGCAUCCCUAAAGAUCCGAUGCUAGAAUCGCCCCUGGUGAGGCAUUGAAUAAAACCUUUGAUCGUCAAUGACGUCGACCUUGUGUCACAAGGUCACUAUCAGCAGGAAAGGACAUGAGGAACUGGUUUGACUCACACCCAAUGGACUUGGCACCUUUAGGGACUUGCCACCUUCGGCGAAGCCUCUCUAAUGCUAGCCUCUGAUGACUAAACUCUUGACUGUACUUCCAUUACAUACGUCCACAGACAAACAUACGUGCACAUACAUAUACGAAGAUCACCACAUAUGAAUCGUAACACUAACAUUUUGGAACGCAAGGCACACACAGACGAAAAUACACAAAACUACACAUACAUUUUCCAUCACUCAUCACACAGUAUCUGCCUCCUGUAAUGAUGAAAGCUGUCAGGCAUCAGUCACACACACACACACACACACACACACACACACACACACACACACACACACACACACACACACACACUGCACAUAGUGGAGAAUGCUCAAUUGAUGACCAAUGGUUAAAGCUUUCUGACAUUAACUGAUUUUUUUAGUUUUUAAUUUCUAAAUGAAGGUCUUCCUAUCUAAAGAGACAAAAAGUUGCCUUGUCAUAGCUUAUCACCAAGAUGUUCUGCUCAGUCUUCCAGUGUUGUGUGUGGUUGCGCGAUGACCAUAUGCCAGCAAUGCACAGUCUUGAUUUUUGACAUAGAAACAUGACUAACACCUCAAGAGUGUAUUAGACGUUCUGAAGUACCGUUAAUUAAAAAAAAUCUCUUAAGUUCACGUUUUGCAUAAUGGCCAACCAGCCAAGUUGUCUAUUGUUUCGCACCAUGCAAACAUUCUAUUUGUCCUAUUGAAUGGAAAGAAGGGUAAAAUCAUAGGAGUUUUCAUUUUCUUUCUUAUUUUAUUUUUUCCAUUUUACUUUUAAGAGGAUAUAGCAUUCUCUGAAACGCAGCUUUUGGACACAUUUUGGCUCUUGUUGAAGAAGAAAAAGGGGAUGUAUUUCAUUUAUGUAUUUAUCUUAUGUUAAAGGGGUUCUAUGGCCACUGGAAAAAGUUCUUAUGUUUUAAACCAUCCCAUGUUAAAAAGAGUAUCUAGAGCCUUCCAAAGCUGUCAUGCCUAUUUUUGUUGGAUGUUUCCUGUUGUUUAGGGAGCAGUUUAUGUUUUAACCUUAAGUCAGGACGAAAUUCUGUAAUUGUCGUCGUCAAUGAAACUUCCGAUUUCAGCAGUGUGGUGGUGUAUGCAAUCAUUGAAAUGUUUUUUUCGUCAACAUUAUUUUUGGAUCGUAAAAUGAAAACUACCUUUACUUAAAAAAAAAAGAAUAAAUAAAUAAAACGUCCAAGAUUAUGGGAGCUCCAUCCUAAGACCAUCCUCCUUCCAUCACUGAUGACAAUAAGAAUGUGUAUAGACACCUUAUGAGAAGUAAAUCUAUAUAUAAAUGUAUAAAUAAUAAAUAAACGUUUAUGAAGAUAUCUUAGAUUUCUUAAAAAUGACUAUUGUAUAUAGGUAGGGUAGCCACUGUGAAUAGACAGACCAAGGCAUUGUCACAGCUACUGUUGCAAGGAUCUGUUUUUGUUUUUGUUCAGUUAUGUUUUGUUUUGUUUUUGUUAAUCUCUUUUUCUUUUGCCGAGUGAAUGUGAUCCAUGGCUUUAUAUUAUAAUUUUUCUAUUCACAGUAUUUGUACGAAGUCAUUAUAAUGUAUAUUUUCCAUGUUGUAAAUUUCUUCUAUCAACCAAAUUUUUGUUUUAAUAAAAACAAAAACUCAAAGCA